CCGACCCUGGGGACGUGACUCUCGUUCACCCUGGCGGAGAAGCGAGUCCCGAACACAGCUCGGGGCAUUUUUUUCGUACCAAGGCGACGACGGCUCCUAAGCGGGUAGACUUUUCGGCGGUCCUGAGUCCAUCGGGCAAGAAGCAAUGUCCGACAAAUGCCCACCCCCGCACACCGCUUGGGAGAACCCCCUUCUGCAUUAUGGUCCACCACCUGGCUUUCCCUGGUGCCGUUUGUCUUGGCAAGACCAAGGUGCUGUGCAAAUACCACAUGUCCGGGGUAUGCCGUUUCGGAGCCGACUGCGCCUUCUCCCACGACCUGACCGACCUCCCCAACCUGGUGUGCAAGUACUACCUGGCGGGGUGCUGUGCGUACGGCAACCGUUGUCGGUCGCUUUUGGACACCAACGCCGUCGGGACGGAUGGGGAAGGUGGGGGGGCCGGCGCCAGCGGCGGGACGUCGUCUAGGCGGUCAGGGAUUGGUGUUACGGUUCAUGACUCCUGGGAGGAUGCCGCGGCGGCGCUAGCGGAGGAAGCUCCCCCAGGGCUGCUACAGGAGCAGGAACUAGCGGCGGCGGCAGCGACAGGCACCCGGCCGCCAGUACUCCAAGGGGGCAGUAGCGGCGGCGGCGGCGGCGGUCAUUCCCGUUGGGCAGCGGCACAGCAUCCUUGGGAGCUGGCGGCGACGCCGGGUGGCGGCGGCAUCAGCGGGCGCGGUACGGCAGCGGCAGUGGAUCCCGUGGAUCCCGCAGAUGUGGAUUUAUGUCCGGGUUUUUCGCUGCACGGGCGAUGUGCCCAGGGGGAGGACUGUGAACUGAUUCACGGCCUCCAGUGUGAGAUCUGCCACAAGUUCCGGAUCAAUCCGUACAACCCGGAGGCUGCUGAGGAGCACCGCUCCACGUGUCGGCUGCGCCACGAGCGGUUGGAGGCCCGUCUGAGGUCUGCUUCGGUGGAGUGCGGCAUCUGCCUGGAGCUCGUGCUGUCCAAACCCAGUGUGUCGGAGCGGCGCUUCGGUCUGCUCACGUCGUGCGACCACGCUUUUUGCCUGGCUUGCAUCCGGUCCUGGAGGGGCCGUACAGACGAUGCGACCCUCGCGACCGACACUGCCGUACGCACCUGCCCCAUCUGUCGUACGCCGUCGCAUUUUGUGACGCCGUCGCUGGUGUGGCCGGCAUCCUCGGAGGAGAAGGCCGGCAUCGUGUCGGCGUACAAGGACCGUCUGGCGAGCAUUGACUGUAAGCACUUCAACUUUGGCGAGGGCAGCUGCCCCUUCUCCACCAGCUGCUUCUAUCGACACAUGUACAAGGACGGCAGGCUGGAGGAGCCGGUGCUGCGCAGAGCCGGCAACGCGGAUGGCGACAUCCGGGUUGUGAUGCCCCUGCGGCUGUCCGCAUUCCUGGACACCCCACAAGCUCUGAGGCUGCUGAGUCGGCGGCGGUACCCCAAGGAGGUGGAGGAGGCGGAGGACACGCCCUGAGGUGCACCGUGUAUGUAUGUCGGCGGGGAACGGGAGGUGAAGGGAAGGUGAGGUGAGGUGAGUGUGUCUCGAGGACCCGUAGGAAACAAGCCAAGGCGGACCACAGCAUGGGUGGCACACAGCCACAUGUUCAGUACUGUGUUGAUCCAUGUGUUACCCCCUGUGCGGGCCGGGCCCCCGCUAGGAGAGGUAUGGAUACCGCUUGAGAGAAGAGUACCGCCACGUAGUCGACAAGUUUUAAUGUACACAUUUAUGUUGCGGAGCUAGGCCACACGUGUGUGUGUGUGUGUGUGUGUGUGUGUGUGUGUGUGUGUGUUACAUGGUCGUUUCUGGAACCGCCUCCGAAAGCAAGUGGGGUCCAUUGCUCAUGCAGUUUUACGGCAGGAGAUAACCGAUGCUCUGACCAACCCGGAAUGGGAGGGUUGGGGAACCUCAAUGUUACGACUGUUUUCCUUCUUGGAGAGCAAUAUUUGGAGCGGAAUACCGCAAGAAGUUAUGGGGGU